GCGACGGUAGUGGGGCGGCUGAGGAAAGGCCAGGAGGCGGGAGGCGCGGUGGAUGAGGUGCGAAUGCGCUGGUGGCCUGAAUUAGAGAGACCAUGAUUGUGGUUUCGGUGGCGUCACUCGUUGGGCCGUUCUUCCUGAGAUUUCCUUAAGCCAUCUCCCAGUGGAACCACUCCCAGAACUGAGAGUGGGUUCAGAGAAGUUAAGUAAUUUCCUAAUAAUUAAUGAAGUUUUUUUCCACAAGCACUUGUGGAAAAGAUGGCUGAUAUUAACGUCAAAGAAGUAACCUUGAUAUUAGGUGUGGUUACUGCCUGCUAUUGGAACAGUCUCUUCUGUGGUUUUGUUUUUGAUGAUGUUUCAGCAAUACUGGAUAAUAAAGACCUGCAUCCAUCUACACCUUUAAAAACUUUAUUUCAGAAUGACUUCUGGGGAACCCCCAUGUCUGAGGAGAGAAGCCACAAGUCUUAUCGUCCCUUAACAGUAUUGACAUUUCGCUUAAAUUAUCUGUUUAGUGAACUAAAACCAAUGUCAUAUCAUCUCCUAAAUAUGAUUUUUCAUGCUAUGGUUAGUGUGAUAUUUCUUAAAGUUUGCAAACUUUUUCUGGACAACAGGAGUAGUAUGAUUGCUGCUCUGCUUUUUGUAGUGCACCCAGUACACACAGAAGCAGUAACCGGUGUUGUAGGAAGAGCAGAACUUUUGUCAUCUAUCUUUUUUCUAGCUGCAUUUUUGUCAUAUACCAAAUCAAAAGGACCAGAUAAUUCCAUAGUGUGGACUCCGAUUGCAUUAACAGUGUUUUUAGUGGCUAUUGCAACAUUGUGUAAAGAACAAGGAAUAACAGUUGUGGGAAUUUGCUGUGUAUAUGAAGUAUUUAUUGCCCAGGGGUAUACUGUGCCAUUAUUGUGUUCAACUGCUGGACAGUUUCUUCGUGGAAAGGGUACUAUUCCAUUUUCUAUGCUGCAGACACUAAUAAAACUCAUUGUCUUGAUGUUCAGUACAUUAUUACUUGUUGUGAUUAGAGUCCAGAUUAUUCAGUCUCAACUUCCAGUAUUCACCAGGUUUGAUAAUCCAGCUGCUGUAAGCCCAACUCCUAUAAGGCAGCUAACUUUUAACUACCUCCUUCCUGUGAAUGCUUGGCUUCUAUUAAAUCCUUCAGAGCUCUGCUGUGAUUGGACCAUGGGAACAAUACCACUUAUAGAGUCAUAUCUAGAUAUUCGAAAUCUUGCCACAUUUACUUUCUUUUGCUUUCUGGGGACUUUGGGAGUAUUUAGUCUUCGAUACCCUGGUGAUUCCUCCAAGACUGUUUUAAUGGCGCUUUGUUUAAUGGCAUUACCGUUCAUUCCUGCAUCAAACCUUUUUUUUCCAGUUGGAUUUGUUAUUGCUGAGCGAGUAUUGUAUGUUCCCAGCAUGGGGUUCUGUAUUUUGAUAGCCCAUGGGUGGCAGAAAAUAUCAAACAAAAGUGUAUUAAAAAAGCUAUCCUGGGUUUGUCUUUCUAUCGUGGUACUUACUCAUGCCUUAAAAACACUCCACAGAAAUUGGGAUUGGGAGUCUGAAUAUACAUUGUUUAUGUCUGCCUUGAAGGUAAAUAAAAAUAAUGCCAAGUUAUGGAAUAAUGUGGGUCAUGCUCUAGAAAAUGAAAAAAACUUUGAGAGAGCUUUGAAAUACUUUUUACAGGCUACCCACGUUCAGCCAGAUGAUAUUGGUGCCCACAUGAAUGUAGGAAGAACUUAUAAAAAUUUAAAUAGAACCAAAGAAGCUGAAGAAUCUUACAUGAUGGCUAAAUCACUGAUGCCUCAAAUUAUUCCUGGUAAAAAAUAUGCAGCCAGAAUUGCCCCUAACCAUCUAAAUGUUUAUAUCAAUCUGGCCAACCUGAUCCGAGCAAAUGAGUCCAGACUGGAAGAAGCAGAUCAGCUGUACCGACAAGCCAUAAGCAUGAGGCCCGACUUCAAGCAGGCUUACAUUAGCAGAGGAGAAUUGCUCUUAAAAAUGAAUAAACCUCUCAAAGCAAAGGAAGCAUAUCUUAAAGCACUAGAGCUGGACAGAAAUAAUGCAGAUCUUUGGUACAACUUGGCAAUUGUACACAUUGAACUUAAAGAACCAAAUGAAGCCCUAAAAAACUUUAAUCAUGCUUUAGAACUCAAUCCAAAGCAUAAGCUAGCAUUAUUCAAUUCUGCUAUAUUAAUGCAAGAAUCAGGUGAGGCUAAACUCAGACCUGAAGCUAGAAAAAGACUUUUAAGCUAUGUAAAUGAAGAGCCACAAGAUGCUAAUGGCUAUUUCAAUUUGGGAAUGCUUGCCAUGGAUGAUAGAAAGGAUGCUGAAGCAGAGAUUUGGAUGAAGAAAGCCAUAAAAUUACAAGCGGACUUUAGAAGUGCUUUGUUUAAUCUGGCUCUCCUGUAUUCUCAGACUGCAAAGGAAUUAAAGGCUUUGCCAAUUUUGGAAGAGUUACUUAGAUACUACCCUGAUCAUAUCAAGGGUCUCAUUUUAAAAGGAGACAUUCUGAUGAAUCAAAAGAAAGAUAUACUUGGAGCAAAAAAAUGUUUUGAAAAGAUUUUGGAGAUGGAUCCAACUAAUGUGCAAGGAAAACACAAUCUUUGUGUUGUUUAUUUUGAAGAGAAGGACUUAUUAAAAGCUGAAAGAUGCCUGGUUGAAACAUUGGCAUUAGCACCACAUGAGGAAUAUAUUCAGCGCCAUUUGAGUAUAGUCAGGGAUAAAAUUUCCUCAUCUAGUUUUGUAGAACAGCCAAUAUUCCCAGCUGAUAAGACUUCAAAAGUAGAAGAAGGAGACAAAAUUCCAACUGAAAAUGUAAAAGAAAUCAGAAGUGAAUCCAGACCAGCAAAGAUAAUAAAAACAAGUGAUGAUAAAACUUCAUCUAAGUCCAGCAAACAAUUAGGAAAAAAUACAGAAAAAGAGACCUCCCACAAGACAACAAAAGAUAUCAAAGAAAUUGAGAAGAAAAGAGUUGCUGCUUUAAAAAGACUAGAAGAGAUUGAACGUAUUUUAAAUGGUGAAUAGCAUUAUUCUUUAUCAUGUGACAAUGGUAUCGAAGAACUUCAAUUUAUAUCAUGUGAUUGCUUGUUCUGGGAGCUUUGAAAAAUAUCAAGGAUACAUAUAAUCUAUCGUGAGGUGCCUCUACGUAGGAUCCAAAUAAGGUUUUCAUUAAAGACCUGUCUUACCCCAGGUGUAUUAUAUAAGAUACGGUAAAAAUUUUCAGAGUUUUGGUGAAUAUAACAGAAAUAUUCAAUUACAGGUGAAAAAUUUACAAUUUUUAUUAUGGAAGAAAAGUUUUUUCUGGCACAAUAAUCUUUGCUACUUUUAAUCAGUUAAAAAUAAUUUGAAGCUUGAAUGAUAACCCCUUGAGAACAAAUGCAACAUCUGGUUUAUUCUGUGAAUUCCCAUUUAUUAGCCUACUUCAUUUUUCUUGUACCUCUUAAAACCUGGCUAUGGAUUGAAAACAUUUACUGAACACGUUCUUUUUUCUUCAGUAAUUCUGUUUAACCAAGGAACUUUGCACUACAAAAGAAUGCUGGUUUUCUUUAUGUUGAGUUUUUGGUUUGAUUUUUAGAAGGAAUUCUGGAUGAAAUAUUUUUAAAUAAGUCAUAUAACAUGUUAGCUAAGGAAGUAUUUUCAUAAUUGCGUUCUCGUCCUUAACUUCAUUCUAAAAUGCAAUUUUUAGGCAGGUAAAGUUUUACACACACAUAAACAUACACACACACACACAUUUCUUAUGGUGCUCAUAUAUACUGUAUUUUUUUUAAAACAUUUAGAGUAUUACAACAUGAACCACAUAGUGAUGAUAUAUUCUUUGACUUAUACUCCCCAAACUAUUCAUGUUUCUUAGGGUCAUAGUCAUGUUGAGAAGUCCCAAUAACCCUAACUUUAAACUUUUGAGUUAUAGUAAAUUUCUCUUUCAUUUUAGUAUUAGCUCUCUGGUCUUAUUUGAGUUUUAACUUUCUGUUUCCAAAGUCACACCUUUAUCAUGCUAGAUAUGUUAAGUCACUAAAUUCAGUUCUGUUUAACUGAAGGCAAAACAGUGUGACAUAGUUUAUUUUUAAAACACUAAAUUGUUAAUAUCUUGUUAUGG